AUGGCUCAGCACGUUGACAUGCCUGUUGAGCACAAGGAAAAAAGGUUCAUGGGAUGCCUUGUUGUGAUUCCAAUGCUGGUUGUUUGUAUCAUCUCAGUGGGUAUUCUGUAUUCAAAAUCCAUGCUGAAGAAAAAUCAGGUAGACUUGUAUACGGCGGUUGGAUUGAUGGCGUAUUCUUGCGUUGCCUGCCUCGUUUUGAUCCUAAUGCGCCAUGGAGUAGCAGCACAACGACACCACCGAUGUUUGGUUAGAUUUUUCGCAAAUACAGUCUACGUUUCGGCGGUGUUAGCCGGCUUGUUGCUGAUGAUAAUGGCAAUAACCCAGGCUAGGCUCAUCCUUCUUAUUUGGUGGACGUUAUUCGCAGCUGUUGUUGGACUUCUAGUGGGAGAUGGAUUAUUUGACUACUGCAGACACAAUCUUUCUAGUGAUAGCUGCUUUAAUUUUAAUUUGCAAGGUAAUAUUGAUCUUUUCAAUUUUUCGACCUUAUCGAGUCUCGAAAGUUUAAAUCUUGGUAACAAUCGGUUAACGGGCCCAAUUCGAUCGGAGAUACGAUACUUGAGAAAGUUAAAAGAUCUAAACUUUUCAAGUAAUCAGCUCACGGGCCGAAUACCGUUAGAACUAGGUGAGCUAAGGUCACUCGAGAAUCUUGAUCUUGGGUCUAAUGAUUUUGAUGGUCAAAUCCCAAUUUCAUUGGGCCACUUAGCCCAUUUGUAUUUCCUUGAUCUUCAGGAGAAUAAACUAUCCGGGCCCAUUCCGAGUUCUUUUGAAAACUUCACCAAGAUUAACUUGCAAAAGAACCAAUUAACCGGGCCCAUUCUUCCAAACAUCGGAAACCCGAGAACACUAAUCGAUCUUCGCCUUUAUGACAACUUUCUAACGGGCUCAAUCCCGGGCCCGUUAGGAAAAUAUACCAGGCUCGUAUCAUUGUAUCUACACCAAAACCAACUUUCGGGCUCCAUUCCUAUCACGUUAGGGAAGCUGAAAACGCUUCUUGAUUUGGCAUUAGCGGUCAACAAUCUAACGGGCCCGUUUCCUGAAGAACUAAACAACUUAACUAUGAAACUGGAAACACUUUCACUAGGUAGCAAUAGGUCUCGGGUCAUUUACCGACCCAUAUAUGCUUUAGUGGAUCGUUGCUUUUCUUCUCGGUUCGAGGGAAACCAGAUUACGGGAAAUGUAACGGAUGCUUUAUCCUACAACGGGUUGACUGGCGGGCUUCCGCAACAAUUUGGAGGUUUAAAAAUGUUGGAAACUUUGAACAUUUCACACAACAACUUCACAGGUUCGAUCCCUACAACUUUUAGUGACCUUUUUAGUUUUACCAUGAUCGAUAUAUCGUAUAAUCAGCUUGAGGGUCGUGUUCCCGAUAUGCGAGUCUUUCAACAGGCACCCUUCGAAGCGGUUGAGAACAACGAAGGGUUAUGUGGUAACAUAACGGGUUUGAAAGAUUGCCCGCGAACACAUGUAAACGAGAAGACAAAAAACAAUCAAGGCCUCAUGAUUUUGAUCCUAGUUCCUACCAUAUGCUUAGUCUUGAUCUUGAUUAUGAUUGUCGGGAUCUUGAUCUUCCUUCGAAGAACAAAAAAGAAAGAAACCGAGCCACCAAAGCCCGUAAACCACCCUCCUUUCGCCAUUUAG